UCUGUAGUUGGUACCAGGAGAGUGCUAGUCGAGGUGAGGCCCAGGAGUCUCUCAUGACCCAGCCUAUAGGAUCCUUUCUGAUCAGGGGCAGCCAGAGCUCCCCAGGAGAUUUCUCCAUAUCCGUUAGACACGAGGCAGACGUGCAGCACUUCAAGGUGCUGGCAGACACCAGAGGGCAGUAUUACCUCUGGUCUGAGAAGUUUAGCUCCUUCAACGAGCUGGUGAACUAUUACAUGAACAACUCUGUCUCUAAACACAGCCGCAUUUAUCUGCUGGACACAGAAACACAGCGUGCGGCCGUGACCACGGGGGGCGGUGGUCUGAUGCAGGUGAGAGCUCAGUAUGACUUCAACGCCGAGGAGAAGGACGAGCUGAGCUUUAAGGCCGGGGACAUCAUCGAGGUGCUGGAGUGUUCCGACAUGUCAUGGUGGAAAGGGAGACUGAGGGGACAAGCGGGAGUGUUCCCUUCCAACUACACCAACCCUGUAUGAGAGAGAGAACAUGGCUAGCAUCUAGAGCUAAAUAAGUAUCUUCAUUCAUUAUAGCAGAUGUUCUUAUCCAGAGCAACUUAAAGGAGCAAUUAGGGUUAAGUGCCUUGCUCAAAGGAAUAUUGACAGAUUUUUCACUCAGGGAUUCAAAUCAAUGACCUUUCGGGUUACUGACCCAACAGUCUUAACCUCUAGGGUUCCUGCCUCCCUAACAAUAACAACUAUAUUUCUGAGAGAGAGAGAGAGAGAGAGAGAGAGAGAGAGAGAGAGAGAGAGAGAGAGAGAGAGAAGAGAACAUAAUGAUUAGCAUUAAAUAUAUAUAUUGUAACUUUCUUUCUGGUUUAUUAUCAAUGUACUUUACCAUACCGUAGGCUUAUGUCAGGAUAACACAACUAUUUACAACUUCAGAACCCAAUUAUUACAGUAUGAUUAUCAAAUAAAUGCAUUUUCUGUAAGCCCCUGUAUAAAUGUUAAUCAAUGUUGCAACAUAGCUACCACUCAUUUAGAGUUUGACUUGUGUGAGAGCAAUAGCCUUGGAUCAACUAACUGUGGAAUCACACCAAUUCCAGGAAGAGACACAAAUAUCUGGGUUGUUCGAAGUCCAACAAUAAUCACAGUCUGACAGUCACGUGCAUGAUAGCCACAUACGCGUUGGGCGCUUCCAUAUGGUGAUUUCCGUCAUAUAAUAAGGUAUUUAUCGUCCCGCCCCUAUGGCAGGUAAUGCCGCUUUCACGACAACUGGGAACUGGGUAAAUAAUGCGCUUUUGAAUGGUCAUCCAACUCGGAAUUCAAGUAGCUCUAGGAUGCCCGAGUUUCUGACUUGGAAUUCAGAUUUGGAUGACACAGACGGAGCUCGUUUUUUUCCCCGAGUUCCCAGUUGUAUUGAACGCACUGAAGUCGGAGACUUCCGAGUUCCAAGUUCCCAGUUUUCUGAACGCAGCAUUUGAGGUUAGCUGUCAAAGUCAAACGUCACACAGGUAGCCUAGGUAGGUAGGUAGGUAACCGUGUAUCUUCCGGAUCCUUUUAAAAUCAGCGGUUGUGCGACUUUACCCAUAGGCUUCAGUCUAGCGGUGACACAGCGGUGUCCAGCCAUGGCCGAGUCCCAGCUAACAUGCAUGGAGGACGGCCACAUCAAAGAGAACGUCCCGGAGUCCAAACCGGAGUUUUACUACAGCGAAGAACAACGCGCGGCGGUUGAACAACUGCUCAAAAACGGUGACGGCGCUUUCAAAAUGCGACUGAAAGAGGACAAAGUGAAAGACUUUCUCUCGGCCCGUGAUAUUAAAACGAUAAGGAACACUUUCAAAGAAUAUGACACUGAAGAUGAAGAGAAGUGCGGAGAAUUAAAGGCGAAACCCGAAGAUUCCAAAGCGAACUCGGGGCACCAUUCGACGUACUGGCCGCAGAUGUCGGAUACAGAGGUGCCGCCGUUGGAUCUCGGUUGGCCCGACGGGGGUUUGUUCAAGGGAGUCACACGCGUGGCGGUUCACACGCACCCGCCAAAAGAGAACGGACCGCACAUCAAGGAGGUCAUUCGUAGGCUGAUCCAAGAAGCUACCAAGGUGUUAGCUAUAGUCAUGGACCUGCUGACAGACAUCCAGAUACUGCAGGACCUGCUGGACGCAGCGUCGCGGCGCUCCGUGGCCGUCUACAUCCUGUUGGAUGUCAGCGGGGUUCCACACUUCCUGGAUAUGUGCUGCAGGCUGCAGGUCGGAGCUCAGCACCUGCGGAACAUCAGGACUCGUACAGUUCAGGGGACAGGGUUGGGUCUGUCCUUCGGUAGACUCCUUGGAUCUUUGUGUAGUAAAUACAUGCUGGUGGAUGGGGACAAAGUCAUGUUCGGCUCCUACAGCUUCUCAUGGAGUUCGUCUCGGAUGGACCGCAACAUGAUCACGGUCAUGACUGGCCAGGUGAUCGACUUCUUCGACCGCGACUUCUGCGAGCUCUACGCCGUGUCCGAAAAACUGGACCUCUACAAGGAGUUCAACCUCAGGCCACCUCCCAACAUGGCCGCCGCCGCGCGGCUCAAAGUGGAGCCUGUAAAACCCCAGUUACGAGCCGCCACAUCCAGAUUCCAGGUCAGUCUAGGCAACUCGCGUGGAGGUGAUCUCCAGGUGCCUGCACAUAAAUACCACAACCCCAAAUACUCCUUGGUGUACGGGAAUAGUGUUCCUGGACUGAUGGGGUCCUUGCAGGAUCUACCAGGCAUAGAAAAGACAGCUAUAACUGCAGGUCCUGAGGGACUAAUGCAGGUGAACAGCGAGUGGUUGGAUCAACUCACCCCGCUACCACCCGACGGAGGGAAGGUAGGGCUGAAAACAAAAACCAACUGCAUUUUGGAGAAGAAAUCCCGCUCUUCUUUUAAGAAACUCUUCAAGGGGAAAUCGACAGCCAAUCAGAGCGUGGACACCGGGGAUGAUAGCCCGGCAACCAGUCCAAUCUCCUCCCCAACAUCGUUGGGAACCAAUAGUAUGGAGGAGAUGAAUAACCUUGAUGUCAUGGUGAAACAACCAAUGAAGAGUAAGAAGUUUAAAAUGAGCCUGAAGAGUGCUUCUCAACAGACUGUCAACACACAAGACAAUGACAGCUUGAAGAGCCGCAGGCCAUCAACAAAGAACAAAUGUAGUCCAUCCUGAUUCAAAACCUGAGUCACACCGGAUUCAAACCACCCCACUCAACUGGUUCUCUGUGGGAUUCCAUAAUACCUUUGGGAUCUGGUGCAAUAAUUACUAUAAUGUGUCAAUUCUACUUGCUCUGUACAGAGAUAUUCUACGGAGAAACUUUUCCUCUUUUGAGGAAAAGAGCAUCCAUGUUGGAAGUAACGUCUUCGUCGUCGCAAUAGUGUAACGUGGACGUGGCGGUUUCAUCACUAUGGAUUCCAGGUUGAAGAAGCGCUGUCACAGAGCACCAAGUCUGUGAUUCUUAUUUGACCAUGUAAAGAAUAACAUCAUGUUGCCUUGUGAAGUCUUGUAUGUAAUUUAUGUGUAAUUAAUUCAUGUGUGUGUUUCAUGCUGUGACCAAUGUAUGUCAAUGAUAAGGGGGUUGUGAAAUGGAUCUGAAUGGGUAUUUGAGUGUGUGUUCAUUCAGUACAUUAAAAACAAUCAUGUUUUUCUGA